GUAGACCAGAUCGUACCAAGGUGGAGGAUUAUUGAUCUCAAGCUUGCACUAGAGGAACAACUGCAUGGCGUGAAACCCGCAAUUGAAUCUUUUGUAUUUACUCAAUUGGUUGUGUGCCAGAUCCCAGACAGAAGUUUUUUUUUCUUCUUUUGUCUGGACGCUGGACAGUGAAUCAAGAGACUGUGAGACUUCUGCUUCGUCACUGAAGAGUCCUGUUCACUCUUUUUUUUGGACUUAAAUUGUCAAGUGACAGGAUCUGUUUAAGGGGGCGAAUGUAAAAACCUGCCUUCAGCUUUCUGUUUGCCAGGACUGGCUUUUGUGUUUUUUGACAUGUAGAAACUUUGGAAAAAGACGAAAGAUUCUGAGGGAAACAGGAAAAUCUCACGGAGCAACAUGUACAGCUCACACAGCUUGCCUUACCUGGGAGUGUUAAUAGUGGCGGUGGUUGGUAACGAAAUGCUGGAACACUGUUUGUCAUCGAAGCGUACAUACACCAUGAAUGUUGUGCUGCUGGAGGACAACACUUAUGGGUGGAGUCGACCAUUUGUGCAGGCGGCCGUGGAACAAGCCAUUAAAAAGGACAAGGAGUUGAAUGAUAAAGAAGGUUUAGACUUCAAGUUGACGGCUAACUACAACGGCUUCAACACCACAGUGUACAACCGGCAGGGCUGUGGGAGCAGCACCUGUGAGGGAGUGGCAAUACUCAAGAUGCUGCAUAGUAAGAAUGAGGUUGGUUGCGUCAUGCUGGGGCCUUCCUGCACUUACGCCACCUUCCAGUUAGUGGAUGAUGAAAUUGGCCUGAACCUGAGCAUUCCCAUCAUCUCUGCUGGGAGUUUCGGCCUCUCGUGUGACUAUAAGCCCAAACUGACCAGAAUUCUGCCUCCAGCACGCAAGAUCUCAGACUUAUUAGUCAACUUCAUGAUAAAGGUCUUACCAUUUAAGAUGAAAUGGAAGCAGGUCUACGUCUACAAGAAGUCCAGCAACGUAACUGAGGACUGCUUCUGGUACAUCAACGCAUUGGAAGCAGCCUCUGCCAGCUUUGCCUCAAAGACAAGCAGAGUGAUGUUGCGUGGGGAGGAUGAUCUGAAGAAGGCCCUCGACUCUAAGGAAAGACACAGCAACAUCUUCAUCUUAUGUGGGAGCCCUGACGACGUUGUUUCAAUAAAGGGGAUGGUGGGCCGGAUUGAUGAUGAGAUCCUGUUCAUUCUCCUUGAUAUUUACAACCCUGAGUAUUAUGUCAACACAACAUCCAGUAAGGCUAUGCAGGACAUACUGGUGGUCACUCUGCCACUGAGGAACUACAUCGAUGGAUCAAACUUAACGUACAACGACACGAUCAAUGACUAUGUGGCCGGGUAUCAUGAUGGGGCUCUGCUGUUUGGUGAAGUGCUCAGACAGGAGAUGAUCAGCCAGCUACAAAACAGAUCCAAUGAUGUGCCUGACAACCCUUUUGUUAACGCCUCCAUUGACGGUAUGGGAGGACACUAUGAGCUCGAUGAGUAUGGUGACAGAGACGAUAACUUCUCUAUAAUUUUCACAUCAACACUCACUGGCAAGUACGAAACCCUGGUGGUGUUUGACACGUCGCAAAAUGAAACCAGAGUGAUAGACACAAACCCCGCGCUGCAUUGGAAUGGUCGCCUACCUUCUGACGUGACACAAAAUCCAAAUGGCUUGGAUAUGCAGGACGUGAUUGUGAUCGUUCUGAGUCUCAGUGUUGUCGUGGUGACAGUCAUCGCUCUUAUCUUCUACAGGCAGAACAGGAAAGAGCGUCUUAUGCAGAAGAAGUGGUCUCACAUCAACCCGCAUCUGAUUGGUCCACUGGAUGAGAAGGAGGUCUCACUGAAGAUUGAUGAAGAUAAGAGGAAGGACAGCACAUUCUUCAAUCAUCGAGGCCGCUAUGACAAAAAGCCAGUAAUCUUGAAAGAGUUGAAACAGACAGACGGAGACUUCACAGAGGACCAGAGGAUUGAGCUGAACACUCUGCUGCGUAUAGAUUACUACAACCUGACAAAGUUCUACGGCACGGUGAAGUUUGAGUACGGUGUGUUUGGGGUGUUUGAGCUCUGUCAGAGGGGCUCCCUCAGGUACAUUCUGAACGACAGGAUCUCAUACCCAGAUGAAACCUUCAUGGACAUGGAGUUCAAGAUAUCAGUCAUGUAUGACAUAGCAAAGGGCAUGUCAUAUCUCCACUCCAGUAACAUUGAGGUCCACGGUCGCCUCAAGUCCACCAACUGUGUGGUCGACAACCGCAUGGUGGUCAAGAUCACUGACUUUGGCUGUCACACCAUCCUGAGUCCAGGCAGAGACGUGUGGAUGGCCCCGGAGCAUCUUCGUAAAGAUGGGGUGUCUCAAAAAGGCGAUGUCUACAGCUAUGCCAUCAUUGCUCAUGAGAUCGUUAUGAGGCGGAGCCCGUUCUAUACACAGUACUGCUCUGAUCCUGCAGAGAAGAUCUACAGAGUGCAUUAUCCCAGUGAGAUGGGCGUCUUCAGACCUGACCUCAACUUUGAUGGUGCUUCCGAAAGAGAGGUCGAGCUGUUCAUGCUGAUAAAAAACAGCUGGGAUGAAGACCCAGAAAGAAGGCCAGAUUUUAAGAGAAUAGAGUUAAAUCUGGGUAAGAUUUUCAGUAACCUGCACAACCAAGCCAGUGAGACAUACAUGGACAACCUGAUCCGUCGCCUGCAGAUGUACUCCAGGACUCUGGAGCAUCUGGUGGAGGAGAGAACCUCUUUGUACAAAGCUGAGCGGGACAGAGCUGACCGCCUCAACUUUAUGCUACUUCCUGGCCCAGUGGUGCGUUCACUGAAGGAGACGGGCAAAGUGGAACCGGAGCUGUUUGAGGAGGUGUCCAUCUAUUUCAGCGACAUUGUGGGAUUCACCACCCUCUGCCACUACAGCACCCCCAUGGAGGUGGUGGACAUGCUCAACGACAUCUACAAGAACUUUGACAGCAUCCUUGACCACCAUGAUGUCUACAAGGUUGAAACAAUAGGAGAUGCGUACAUGGUUGCAUCAGGUUUGCCCAACCGCAAUGGCGACAGGCAUGCAGUGGAUAUUGCCCACAUGGCCCUGGACAUCCUGGCAUUUGUAGGGACUUUUGAGUUGCAGCACCUGCCCGGCAUCCCUCUGUGGAUUCGGAUUGGUGUGCAUUCAGGGCCGUGUGCAGCAGGAGUGGUUGGGAACAAGAUGCCUCGCUACUGUCUUUUCGGAGAUACAGUCAACACUGCAUCACGCAUGGAGUCCACGGGCCUGCCUCUGAGAAUUCAUGUCAGCCAGUCUACCAUCAACAUUCUACAGAGGACGGACUGCAAGUUUGAGUAUGAAAAAAGGGGGGAAACGUACCUUAAGGGUAAAGGCAAAGAGAUGACCUACUGGUUAACAGGAGUGACUGGGGGGAAAUACAACCUGCCCACACCACCAACAGCGGAGAACUUCCAGCGGCUCCAGCAGGACCUGUCCGAGAUGAUAGUGUCCAGUCUGGAGAACCGUGGAGUUGGAAGUGAGGGCUUUAAAAACAGGAAGACCCUGUCCACCAAAGCCCGCCGGAGAGAGACCAACAGCAGCCUGCAGGGGAACGGCCCACCAGAGUACUUCCACCUGGCUGUCACUGACAACCCCAGCACCUACCUGUGAUGAGAGGAGCUUUCCGUACAAUAAUGGCCAAGAAGUAGACGUCAUAGACGUACGUCAUAGCCUGAACCGGUCUGAGUCAGCACUGCUGGGUUUGUCAGGGUGACAGCGGAGCGGCCGUGGGACAAGCAUGCGUGUUGAAAGCGAGACUUGUGUGUUGAUGUAAUGAUAAAUGGUCCAGCAACAGAGUCUCAGUUGUGUCUUUACCCUUUAACGCUUUCCCCACUCAACACCCAUCCCUCUGACACAAAAUUAACGUUUAUCAGUCAAUUUUUUGCUAAAAGGAAAAAUCCACCCUCAGAUUUUUUUAUAUAUCAUUCAAGAUGUACGUUGAGUUUUGUUGUGGUGGAAUAGGCGGUAUAAAUAAGCCUCCUCCUCUUUUAUUGGGUGGAACUGACACAUUUCAACACAACAUUCUUGAGAUAAAAUCACUGUAGCUGUGUACUCUACAUCAUUACAUUUGCACUGUUACUCAUGGGAAUAAGAAAGGAACAAACUGGCCCCAAGAGUAGCAACACAUAGGCUCUGCCACAGUGUUUAUUUUGAUACUGUCACUUGGGGGCGCCAAAGUUUUACACUUUUACCCAUAUAAUGGCUAUAAAAACUGUUUUGGGUGGAUUUUUCUUAUAUGAUUUUUGAAAUACAAACAGCAUGGGUUCAUGCCUUUUUGUAAUUUGCAACACACAACCAUCACCUUCUCCUGCCUUGUGGACAAUGAUAAGUCACAGAUAGUUAUUGUCACAACUACAUGGAUUGUAGUGUGGGAGUCCUCCUUUUAGAACUAUUAAAAACCCAGCUUUCUCCAAAUGGAAUCCAAUAAUGAUAUUGAAUGUACUCUUCUUGACUUUACUUUGAACAGUUCUCCGUUAAUGUUUAGAUGUUGCCUGCAGGAAGCUUAUUGAUUGAGAAACUUUGACAAAAUUAUUUACCAUGUAAAUACCCUUUCCUGCUUUAAAGACUAUUUCCAAACUGUACUUGUCAUAAUAUAGCGGAGAUCUGAGAAUAUUUCUCUUUCGCACCACAACAAUGCUACCUUGUCUUCAGAACAUCAGAAAUAUCUGUAAUGAUUUUGAUCUUGUGUUUUAUUAAAUGAUGUUUGAAAUAUUGCACAAGAUCAGAGCAGUUUUUUUGUUUUGUUUUUUAACAACUUUGCAAUAAAGUACAAUAAACUAUAAA